AUGGCCAUCGCCACCGACAUCCCCAUCAUCGACUUCUCCCUGGCCACCUCGUCGCCGGAGGAGGUGGCCAGAGACCUGCUCAGAGCGUGUACUGACUGGGGCUUCUUCUAUGUCAAAAACCAUCCUAUACCGCAAGAGGCCAUUGACGGUAUUUUUGACCUAGAAAGACGGUUCUUUGCUCAACCGCUACCCGUCAAACUCGAAACCCCCUACGUGGCAUCGAAGAACGCCGGCUACAAACCCGCCAGCUCGUACGGGGCGGACGCCAGAUUUACCGAUCCCCGCGAAGCCAUCAGUAUCAACAAGUGGCCGACGCUCGAGCACGCCGCCGCCGCACCCCUCCCUCCCAUCCUCUCCGAGGCACGCCAACAGAUCUUCUCCUUCCAGCACCAACAUGUCCGUCUCUUCACGAAGCAGCUCCUCGAGCUCAUCGCGUUGGCGCUCGACCUCCCUCCCACCACGUUCACGCAGUACCACGGACCGCAAACGGAAAAUUAUGACAACUUCGAGCUGAUGCAUUACCCGCCCGUCACCACGCGAUCGUCGGACACUGUCGGAGGUGGGAUUCCUACAACAUUUCGCAUCUCGCCUCACACAGACUGGGGAACCCUGACCUUGCUCUUCCAGACCACCGUUGGGGGUCUCGAAGUCCGCCCGCCCAAAUACACUGUCCCAGACUUGUCGCUGGACACGGAGACGUGGACGCCAGCACCGGCUCUGCCCGACCUGAUCCUCGUGAACAUCGGCGACAUGCUCGAGUUCUGGACCGCUGGCAAGUUAAAGAGCACUUGGCACCGCGUCGUCCCCACCGCCACGGAGGGCGGCUUGGAUCGGUACACGUUUGCGUAUUUCCUGCAUCCGGACAAGGAUGCCGUUCUGGUGCCUAUGCAGGGCAUGCAGAAGCAGGGUUGGGUGCCGAGAUAUGCCGGUGCAGGGAGGACGGCCGAGGAGCAUAUCCAUGCUCGGAUCGAGGGCGUUCACGGUAAGAAUAGAACAAAAGGCGAAGAUAAGGCCCUCGGCCUGUCAAAUCACAAGGGAGUGAGUGCUUGA